GCCCGCUCUCCCUCGUUUGUCAGCGACCAGUGAACGUUGCUGGGUGGCCCAGGGAAGUCGCGUUUUCCUCUGGUGGGCCCGAGCACACAGAUUGCUUGUUGACUGCACUCUCGAGGUCUCCAUCCAUCCAAACAUCCAGGAUCCCCAAGACGAACUUCAGCUUAUCCCUCCACGCUCCUUGACUUGUGUACUCGCGCCGUUCGCAACCUAGUCACCACGAGUAAAGAAUCAUCUUUCCCCAAUGUCUUUAUAAUUCUCGUCCGAAGCUUGUCGGACGUACACUGUCGCGUGUACACCCCACCCACUCCUUCAUUCUGUGAGGCUGCCGGAAGCUUAAGAGCCUUCAUAUGGCAGCAAUAUCCAUAUCACCCUUGCCUCACUCUUUAUCCAUCAUGUCGAGCAAGAGGGUGCCCUUGUCCAGCAACCCAAAUGCUGUCAAUUCGCCCUACAGAGCAGUGGCAGCUGCUGCAUCGAAGCAGAAACGAUCAUAUGCUACAAUCCAACGCGAAGAAGCUUAUGGCCAACCCCCGCCUGCUAAGAAGCAGAUGCUCGAGAGCUACCAAACAAUUCAAACGCCGCCUCGUCAACACGUGAACCAAAAUUCGGUGGAAGGACGUGUGUUUACUCGAAAAUCCAAUGCUUCUCAGCAGUCCGCGUUCGAGCGGAAGCUCGUUGCAGUCAGGGAGAAGCCACAGCAGACGGUCACAAAGGCGGACAAGACAGCUGAAGAGAACUUGGACACAAUAAGACAAUGGCAGAAGCAUUACCGGAAGAUAUUUCCAACUUUUGUCUUCUAUUUUGAGAGUAUAUCAGAGGAGGUUCGGAUCAAGUAUACAAAGCAAGUAGUUGCCCUUGGAGCACGCGAAGAAAAGUUCUUCUCGAAUGCAGUCACUCAUGUUGUGACCACUCGAUCCAUUCCUCCGGCACAGCAAAUUAACCCUACAGAAACUCCAGUUACGUCUUCGACGAACGACUCCCAAAAUAGCCAGCCUCAGACCAUUAACCCAUCUCUACUUGACCGGUCAUCAGAAUCGGCAAACACACAUUCUGAUUUGGGUGGAAGAGGGAAAUUUACAUUUGAAGCCCCUAUCAACAGAAGAUUGGCACCACACGGUCAAGAUGGAGAUAUUAGGAGACAACAAGGUCGCAAUGCAGAUGUUUUGUAUAGAGCCCGGGAACUGGGCAUGAAGAUAUGGGCUCUGGAAAAGCUACAACGAAUGAUGAAUGCUAUGUUUGAUGCAGAAACGGGACAGACAAACCAUGGGCACAACACCAGGAGCAAUUCAGUGUCAACGAUACUUCCAAGAACAGCACGCGAAGCUGAUCUUUCACAGCUGCUGCGAAAUGAGAGGAUCAAUGGACCUUCCGAUCGAGAUCCUACAGUAGCUACUAAGGAGAUCACGCUUUUCAAGGGUCCAUUUAUCUACAUUCACGACAUUGAUGAGAAGCAACGCCCAAUCAUGGUCCGAGAAUAUGCCAAAGUGGCACACAAAGAGGAUGGAGACUGGCCUCAGUUCCGCAGUGUGGCCAAUGGAAAGUGCCCAUUCGUUGAGGAGGUUGAUUAUGGCCAACGGGAAGCUGAAAAGGAAAAAGAAGCUAUUCGACUUCAAAGGCAACAAGAAAAGGAGAAGGCUAUGAUUCCACGAACUCGUGCGGCGGCCGCUGUGCAAGCAGCCAAGAUGCAGCCGCCAAAGGCCACAGGUAAGAGGACACUCUCUGAAAUGGAUAGUGCCUCAAACCGAAAUAUCACCGUCUCGACAAAGCAAAACAAUCCAUUUGCUCCUAGCAACAGCUCGUUUUCACAAAAGACAGAACAAGAGGCUUCAUCUCGGGGUAAUCAGAAUGCUUUCGUCAGCCGUGCUGGUGCCGGUCGCCUCUUUGGAGGUGAACCGGUUGCAUCAGGACUUCAGCCAUCUAAUAUCACGUCAGCGAUUAGAUCCACUAUGAUUUCUUCCACAGCAGCCCAACCAGGAGCCAAGGCUGGUACCAGCAAGGAGGUCCAUGGUCUACAACGAAAGGUGCUCGAGAAGAACAGUGGCGGCCCUGGCUCACACGGGCUGACAAGCUCCCAUCGCAUGACCGAUAUUGUCGGUGCUGCUAGAGAGGAAAUGGCAGCUCGGCCAUCACGAUUGCGGGCACAGGAUAAGCUCCAUCUUAUUGAGGAAGAUGUCGAUCCAUCCGAAGCCGAAUAUGCUGCAAGGAAGAUUGAAGCUACUCGUAAAGCAAAGGCAGUUCAACAGCGGAAACUUGAGAAGCGGGAUCCAAAACCUGGGUACUGCGAGAAUUGUCAGGAUAAGUUUGAAGACUUCGAUGAGCAUGUCCUGUCUCGCAAACAUCGAAAGUUCGCCGAGAAGCCUGAAAACUGGAAGGAACUCGAUGCCUUGCUGAGCAAACUCGUCAGGCCUCUUCGUGAUGACUGUUGAAACGAAGUUCUUGCUCCGGACUGCUUCACAGUGUACGCCGCCGUCGUCUGUGAAAGUCUAAACCCCAACGUAUAAUGAAAUCUACAUAAUCCUCAUACUGGCGUCCCGGGAAAGGUGUUCUGGUGGUUGCGGUACGCGCUGGCCCUUUGGCCACGUACAGUCUGCUUUUUCUCUUCUUGUUUUCCCCGGCUUUGCAACUAUACCAUACCAAGCUUCUUCGACGCAUUUAAGCCAGGCUUGCGUGCAUUUUGGGCAGGAGCGGGCAUUCAUUGACUGUUUUGUGCUUUUUGGGAGAUCUGCAUUUACAUCGGCGCGCGCUCUCCAUCUUUUCGUCCGUCUCAUUCAUCCAUUCGGGUUCAUCACCAGCUCGCGUGUUCACUGGGAAAGAGAAACGGUUGCAUAGUUCCUCGAUUGCUUGCUGCAUCUUCGCGCGUAUACCUGUCUGUUGUAUGUAGCGCGUCCAAUUCUCGGCAAUGAAAGGAAUGGGAAAUGACACAUGAAACUGAAAGAAAGAAAAGAAAAGAAAAGAAAGGAAAGGGUUGUUUAUUGUAAUCUUCUCAAAGUGUAGAUAAAGAAUGUGUGAUCGGUCUUCACAUGAAGAAAAUUACAAGACUUCGAUUUAUCAAUCUUUCUCCCUACAACCUGACCUACGUGUCCUUGAAGCGGUCAAGUUCCUCCUAAGCUUCUACCUCGGCGCAGACCCUCAAUUGAACAAACCAUGUGAUAGUGACGCUUUGCUCGGUCGCUGACGUUUCUACCCUCAGAUGCUUGGAUUUUACUCCUCGAGCUGUUGGAGUACAUUACUCGCAGCGUGCAGUAGUUCAGACGACCGACCACAGUGACGGAGCCAGAGACAGCGACCGGCGCCAGCACUAAGUCGAGAUGUCAAAGUGUCACUGCAUCGCAUCGCAUCACAUCGCAGGUCUAGGGGGCUAAAUUCCAUUCGUUACAUCACUAAUGCCCGCUCAGUUUUCUAGCUCUUGUUCUCUAGCUCUCGUUCUAGCUUCUUCUUCUUUCCCCCUUCUCUAGGUAGGCUGUGCGUAGAUCCGGUACCUAAAGUAGCAGUACAGUGACAUUCUGCGAAUGCAAUGCAAACGCGGCUCAAACAAAAGUUUAUAGACGAGAUUUAUGGAUGUAUGGCCCUGAUGAUUCGUGACGCGACUGUUGCAGUGGUGGUGGAUGCUUGUUCGGGAGCAAGCACCUUCUUGAUUCGGGUGUGGAGGCCGAGGUGAGGUUGGAUUUGUGUUAUGAUGUGAUGUGGUUUGGAUGGAAAGGAAUGAUGGGACCGACGGGAGAUGGUUUGGAAAGACGGAGGCUGGGAAGGGAACUGCAAUGCUAUUUGGGCGGCUCGAAGCGUGUGGGAGGGGUGGGAGGUUCGGCGGGAACCGAGACAUGUUCGGGACGGGGACGGGGACGGGCAGUGAGAUGUGGGAUGGGGGGUGUGAGUGUCACUGCGGGGAGGAAGUGGAGGUGGAGGUGGACGUAGAGGAGAGGUUGGAAGGGGAUCUUGGGUUUCUAGAAGCCUGUGUUGGAGGCAGAGAUGGGAAGCAUUCCAUGUCACACCACGAGUUGAGGUCUUUGUUGGCAGGCCGGGACGAGACACAAUCAAAUGUGAAUUAUACUG